AUGGAAAAUCAGACCAUUGGCAUGGAAUUUAUUCUUUUGGUACUUUCAAGUGAUCCACAAGUACAGGUUCUUCUCUUCUCGGUAUUCUUAAUAAUAUAUGCCACAACACUCAUUGGAAACUCUGUCAUCAUUUUUGUUGUCAAGACUGAACUGAGCCUUCACACUCCCAUGUUCUUCUUUCUCGGCCAUCUUGCCCUUGUUGACAUUUGCUAUUCUUCUGUCACUGUCCCAAAGAUGCUGGAAACUCUCGUAGCCAAGAAGAAAUCAAUUUCUCUGGUGGGAUGCAUGGCACAGAUUUUCUUCUUUAAUCAUUUUGGUUGUGCUGAUGUUUUUCUGCUUUCAGCAAUGGCAUAUGACAGAUAUGUUGCGAUAUGUGACCCACUCCAUUAUUCAAUAGUAAUGAAAAAGACCACGUGCUGGCAAAUGGUGGGUGGAGCCUGGGUCUUUGGCUUCUUUGAUGCAACAAUCAAUGGAUUGCCUUUAAUAGGUUUGAACUUCUGUGGACAGCAUCUAAUCAACCACUACACCUGUGAUCUUCCUGCUGUUCUGAGCUUAUCUUGUAGUGAUACUUCCAUCAAUUACAAGGUUUUACUUCUCUGUUGUUUUCUCUUUGGUUUCACCUCCUUCUUCCUCAUCCUGGUUUCUUACGUCUAUAUUAUUUCAACAAUUCUAAAGAUCCAGUCAACAAAAGGCAGGAGCAAAGCCUUCUCUACCUGUAGUUCUCACCUCAUUGUGGUCUGCAUCUUUUAUCUUUCUGCCUUUUCCAGAUAUUUGCAGCCACAUUCUGAGUCCUUCACAGAUCUCGAUAAAGUGAGCUCUAUCCAGUACUUAAUUUUAAAUCCUCUGCUAAACCCAAUCAUAUACAGUUUAAAAAACAAUGAAUUGAAUACUAUUCUUUGGAAAACAUUUAGAAAGCAGGGGUAA